AUGUCGUCUUCUGACCCCACAAGCUCAUCCGGCAGCGACAGUGACAAUAAUGACAACCAAGUUGAGUUGAUCGUAGCGGUUGUGGCAUUGGUCAUUUCAGUUCUCGCCUUCAUCAUUGCGAUUUUCCAGGCCCUCCAGCAAUACUACGCGUCGGCAACGGGCUACUCAUCAUGCACUCCAAAAGUCAUGGGAGAUUGGGCGAGGUUCACACGACGACGAUUCAAAUGGUACGAGUUCCGCUUUGAGGUGGAAUUUGAAGUUCCCGUCAUAUUCGUUGCGCCGCCGACGAACCCGCGGGGACCCCUCGGCGUGCACGACGACAAGGAGAUUACCUACAUGACCGGAACGACAGAUAGUUACAAGAAGACGUAUACCUGGGACCAGGAAGAGUACGACAAGCACUCCAAAACUUUGAGGGCUGGGAUGACGCGCCAAGCUAUCCACACCGCCGACAACGAGCUCGCAAACUGGACGAGUCUGCUCAUGGCUAUUCAGCGUAUGGAGAGGGAGUCUCGAACGUGGCAAGACAAGGAGUAUUUCGGAUACAACCCUCAAUGGGAAGCCCAGACAACUUGUCACCCGACCCAGGCCAGCACCACGGUACCCUACACUCUUACCGUUGGCAUGCAGAGGAAGAAGAAGUCUUGGGAUAGUAUGCCAGACAACAUGAAGAAACCUUACGCAACGACAACGAUCUCACAUCUGGUGGAAAUGGCGGCAAUGUUAGGCGUUCAUUGGAAAGUGUCAAUAGGUGUGUGA